AUGGCCGGUAAAGGAGAAGGUCCGGCGAUCGGAAUCGAUCUUGGAACCACGUACUCUUGCGUCGGUGUGUGGCAGCAUGAUCGAGUUGAGAUCAUUGCCAACGAUCAGGGCAACAGGACGAUGUCGUCUCAUCAGAUUGGGAUCGACAGUUUGGAGAACAGAAAAAUUGCUCAUUUUAUAGCUGAUAAGAUCAACAAUUCAUCAGCGAAGGUUCGUGUUUGCCUGCCACGGAAUGGUGUAUCUGCUCUAGAUGCACCAAGGAAGUCAUUUUAUGAUCCUGAGGCUACUGCUACUCUUAUAGAGGAACUACACUUAAACCUCUUUAUGAUACAGGUGAAGGUAUAUCCUUAUCAUAUUAAUGAUCCUGAGUUCGCUGAGGAAUUGGUUAAAUCAUUCUUGGAAAUUACUCCAAAAGAUACGGACUCGUGUGGCCCAAAACUUGUUUUAGCUGAAACUAGUCAAGACCUUCGAAAGGAUUUCAUUUCCAAGUUCAAUUUGUCUGCCAAUGGAAACAUUACAUACAGUCUUAGUGACUUCCCAGAGGCAAGAUUGAUUGACCAAUAUCAUUUGCUUGACCUUCUAGUAACACGAACGAUAUUGGGGAACUUGAAAGCUCAAAUACAUAAAGGAGUUCCCAUAAUAGGGGUUGGUGCAGGCACUGGGAUAUCUGCCAAGUUUGAAGAAGAUGGUGGUGUUGAUCUGAUAGUAGUGUACAAUUCGGGGUGGUUUCGCAUGGCUGGAAGGGGUUCUUUAGUAGGUUUGCUGCCUUUUGCCGAUGCUAAUGCCAUAGUGCUUGAAAUGGCCAAUGAAGUAUUGCCUGUAAGUUCUAUCUUUUAUGUACCUGCUGAUUCACAAAGUUAA